AUGAAAAGAAAAUGGCUUGAAGAAACAUAUCGUGGACCGGAAGGUCUUGAUAAUCGUCGAGCGUAUGUCGUUUGUAAUGUUGAUCAACCAAAUGUUGACAAUUGGUUACGAACACCAAUAAUUAAUGUCAAAGGAGCAAAUCGUUUACAUGUUGAAGUGACCUUUACAAUGCGUGAUUGUAGUGAAUUCCCAGGUAAUGCUCGUUCAUGUAAGGAAACAUUCCGUUUAUAUGCUGUUCAAUUAAUGAACAACGAACAAUAUCAAAAUAUUUGGAAUUCUGAUUAUUGGGAUUUAAUAGAUCGAAUAACAGCUGAUACUGGACGACAUUCGAAACAUGAUCCAACAAUUGCUGCUGUAAAUCAAGAAGUUCGUAGCUAUACGGUUACUAAAGAUGCUGUAUAUUUUGCUUUUCGAGAUUCGGGUGCUUGUAUAUCAAUACUUAAUAUUAAGAUUUUUUAUGAAGUAUGUCCAGAAAUAACUCGCGCAUUUGUCCAUUAUCCGCAAACAGUAACUGGCGCUGAAGCGCAUUCAAUCAUUGCUGUAAAUGGUAAAUGUGUUCCAAAUUCAUCACCUCUUGGUGGUAUCAAACAGCCAACAUAUGUCUGUAAAGCGACAGGAUCAUGGGACAUGGCAAAUGGUGAAUGUCAUUGUGACAAAGGUUAUGCAUCAUCGAUUAAACAUAAUACUUGUACUGGUUAG